UCAAAUGUUGUUCUAGCAAUAUCUUUUUUUUUAAUUCUUCUCAUUGUAUGUUUCUUGAAACAAUACAAAAAAAUGACGCAGCUAUACCUCAGUUCAGGCCAAAAUGACACACUAUGUGUAUUCAUUGCUGACCAGAUUUAUCAGGAAAUAAGCCCCCCAUGUCCAAUUGAUAAAGCCAAGGUUGCCUCAAGUUUAAUACAAAUAGUAAAAGAACUUGAAAAAGAGAAUAAUGGAAUUGUAUACAAGAUAUUGGAUAAAAUUAAGACAAUAGCAAGUAACGUCAGGGACAGAGUCUCGUCGGUUGCUAGGAGCGCGUGGAACGGAGUCACGACAGUCGCUACAAGUGUAUGGGAAACAUUCAAGGCUUUCUUUGAAUUCUCUUAAUGAAACUAAUCAACAUAAGUUUAUCUUUUUAUUGACUCUCUCUAAAUUGUGUUUUAAUUUUUAAAACAAUUGUAGUACUUAUUUGU